CAAGGUGUAAUAAACGCAUGGGGCCUGAUAAUGGUGCGAUCGAUGAAGUUAAUAGCGAUCAACCAGAUGAAGAAAACCAAUACAGGCCGGGUGAGAUUGUGAAAUAUGUUUGUGACAAUUGCUUUGGAAUAAUUCCAAAUGCAGAUGGAAUCCAAGACGAUGAUACAAUGUGUACAGCAUCUGGGUGGGAUGGACAAGUUCCAAAAUGUCAACGACUAACAUGCGCCGCGCCUGAACUGAAUGAAGGUGUCGAACGUAUAGGGACCAACAAUAAUUGCGGAGCAACUGCAAGUUUCACUUGUAAAGAAGGCUAUGUCCCAGCUGAUGCUACCCUUACGUGUGUGGAUGAUGGUUCUGGGUCUCCCGUCUGGAGUGGUACCCCAUUGACUUGCAAAAAAAAAUGCCCUUUCCGGAUGCCACCGGAAAAUGGUGCAAUAGAUGAAGACAGAAGUUCAAACCCAGAUCCGGAUGAUAACAAGUACAAUCCAGGCGAUAGUGUGUAUUAUAGGUGCAACACCUGCUAUAAACUUGAUACGAUGCUGUAUGGAUCAGAAACAGAGUUUGCUGUUUGUGGAGAAGAUGGCAAUUGGAACAGACCGGUACCAACCUGCCAAAUUUUGAUGUGCAUGUCCAUGCCGCCACCGGAGUUUGGGGGAAGAAAUCCACCCGAUGGAAACAACAACUGUAAUGAUGAUCCUGUCACUUUCUAUUGUGAUGCCGGUUAUGGCGAAGAAGGACCAGGGGUGAGCAAUAUUAGCUGCAUCCAAGUGGAAGAUGGAGUGGCAGACUGGGAUAAUGAACCUAUGACAUGUGGACCACGGUGUAGUGAGCGAAUGCCUCCAUUACAUGGAUCUGAACAUGAAGCUUCUAGCGAUGAUCCGGUUAAUAACCUGUAUAAACCAGGCCAAAAGGUUACAUAUGAAUGUGAUCUAUGCUAUAGAAUAAAAGCGAAUGAACUUGGUGAAAUGGACAAUGAUACACUAUGCACAGAGUCCGGUUGGGAUGGUGAUGUUCCUAAUUGUGAAUUGAUGCAAUGCGAGAGCCCUCUUAUGGGAGAGGGGGUCCUUAUGGUAGGAGACGACAGUAGCUGUGGACAAACCAUUAGCUUCCAAUGCAAAACCGGCUACAUUCAAUCUGGUGGAGAACAAAGCAUUACAUGCCAAUCUGAGGGCACCACAGCCUCAUGGAGUGGCGUUCCAAUGACUUGCCGGCUAUUGGAGUGUUUAGAAAUGAUACCCAACAAACCACUCAAUGGAGAUAUCGACACCUCGCCAGGAGCAACUGAUCCUAAACCAUAUACCCCAGGUAACCGAGUCAGCUUCAUUUGCGAUACAUGCUAUCAGAUUGGACUGAAUGAGAAUGAAGAACGUGAUGCAGAUAUUGUUUGUGGUAUCAAUGAACUCUGGGAUGGUUCCAUGCCAGUUUGUGAAUUGGUCACGUGUUCUCCUGAGCCACAAGCUCCGAUGAAUGGCGGAGUAGUAGACCCGUCAACAACAUGCGGUCAAACAACCACGUACACAUGUGACAUUUGCUACAGACAUCAGGGGUCUGUCACAAGAACAUGUCAAUCAAACGGAAAUUGGUCACCAAUAAAUGAGCCUACUUGUGAACUUCAACAAUGUGCAGAACUAACCGCUCCAGCUAAUGGGAUGAUAGUUUCCCAAAAUACUGACUGUGGAGGUUCUGUGGUAUUUAGUUGUGACUUUGGAUACGAGCUCAAAGGAAGUGAAUCCAGAGAAUGUAAAGACAAUGGAGAAAAUGUUGAAUGGACUGGCACAGAAACGUCAUGUGAAGUCGUUGUGUGUCCCUUCCCGAUGCUACCUCCACCACCAAAUGGCGGAUUCGAUGAUCCGCACACAGAUGAGCCUCCUUACGAACCGGGAGACGUGAUAACAAUCAAAUGCGACCCUUGCUAUGAAAUUGACAGGGUGGAUGACAACGGUCAGAAAGAUCCAGACAUGUGUUGUCAGCUUGGUGGAUUCUGGGACAACGCCACAUUUCCUAAUUGUCAACAGAAAAUAUGCACGCCAUCUCCUAGCAACCCUGUCAAUGGCGACGUGAGUUCAACUGAAGGCCUCUGCGGAGAUGAUGUUACAUAUACCUGCGAUUGGUGCUACAGGAUAUCUGGGGGAAGCACAAGACAAUGUACUGACGAUUUUGGAUGGGUACCACUAGCAGAACCCGUAUGUGAAGUUUUGAAAUGCGACAAACUAAUGCCUCCUCAGAACGGAAGGAUUAUAAAGGAUGGUACAAACUGUAAAUCCACUGUGGAAUUCGAAUGUGAAGAUGGUUUUGAGUUAUCUGGAAAUGAAGUACUAACAUGUAUCGAUAAUGGUGGAUCCUCUGGAGUGUGGGAUGGUGCCGUCCCUACAUGUGAAGCAAUUGAAUGCCCAGAACCAAUGCCAUUUGCACCGGUUAAUGGCUCAAGAGACGCAAACCGAACUGAUAGUCCGCCAUUUAAUAUGGGAGAAAUUAUCACAUACCGCUGUGAUACAUGUUACCAAAUAAAAUUGAAUUCUUUCAACAUUCGAGAUGAUGAUAUUCUUUGUCAAUCAGAUGGAACGUGGGAUUCUAAUCCACCCGAAUGUGAAAGGAAAAUGUGUGAUCCAGUAGAAGCUCCGGAAAACGGUUUUAUCAUUGAUGACACUAACACUUGCAAUAAAGUUGCUAAGUAUGGGUGUAACAUGUGCUACAAGGUCAGUGGUACAAAUCCAAGACUUUGUGCAGAUAAUGGAUGGGCCACACAAGCACCACAAUGUCAAAAAUUGUUCUGUCCUGCCUUACUCGCCCCUUUAAAUGGAGAGAUAGUAACUGGACAGACUGACUGUAACAGUACUAUGGAAUUCACAUGCAAUGAUGGCUUCACGUUAGUGGGCAAACGGGUGCUUACAUGUCUUCCUUUACCACCACUAAGUGGAUUCGACGAUGCUGAUUGGAAUGGCGACGUCCCUAUAUGUGAAAGAAUAACGUGUCCCGCCCCAAUGGACUCCCCACCAAUAAAUGGAAUCAUCGCAGACCAACCACCAGGUCCUCCCUACCAAAUCGGCGCUGUAAUAUCAUACAAAUGCGAUGAAUGUUAUAGAAUAGCACCGAAUGCAUUUGGGCAGAGAAUAAACGAAAUAACAUGUCUUAUUGAUGGAACUUGGGAUAAACCAACACCUACUUGUGAACAUCUCAAGUGUGAAGAAAUUUCAGACGUUCUACCUGGUGGAAAUGUACUUAGUAUUGAUAGAUAUUGCAGAACUGCUUCCUCAACAUCACAACAGGGUGAAGCAUUAUAUGAAUGUGAUGAGUAUUUCGUCCUGACACCUAAUACACCAACCCGAGUGUGUACUGAUGAUGGCAAUCAAAUUGCUACAUGGAAACCACCAACUGCACCAGAGUGUGUCGAGAUUACAACAUGUGAUGAGCCAUCGCCAAUAGCCGAUGGAACUUUUGAGAAGGAACUACCGGGUCCUGUCGAAACUGGCAAAAGUGUCACCUACUCUUGCAACGGGUGUUACAAAAUGGUUGGGGAACCAACACUUACAUGUGUAAAAGAUGAAAUAACCAGCGAACGUCGAUACGACCCUAUGAACCCGCCGCAGUGCGAAAGAAUUACUUGUAACGGCAUCCCAAUGGCACCAGUGAAUGGCAGUAUAAGCAGUACCAGCAAUGAUUGUCUAGCAUCAGUACAUUACGAAUGCAAUGAUGAGUGUCUAGGACUCAUUGGAGUCCCAACAAGAACCUGCUUGGAAGAUGGUACCUGGGAUCAUCCAGAUGAGCCAGUUUGUGUUCAGAGACAAUGUAUUCCACCAGCAGCAAAACCAGAGCAUGGUUUAAUAUCUUCACAGGAUAGUUCGUGUGGAGCUGUAGUAAGUUAUUCGUGCGAGACCUGCUACACUUUGGUGGGACCAUCAUCAAGGACGUGCACUGUUAAUGGAUGGGACGAACCAGCCCCUACCUGCGAGAUUACUCAAUGUGAAGGCAUUAGUGACCCACAAAAUGGAAAAAGAUAUCCUUCCACGGGAAAUGAGAACUGUGGUCAGUCGAUAACAUUUACAUGCAAUGCUGGAUACAUACUCGAUGGUGCUGAAACAAUUACAUGUACAGCCAGUGGCGAACCAAGUUCAACACCUUCGUGGUCUCAACAACCCCCUGUCUGCAAAAAAAAUUAUUGUGAGCCAGCCCCACAAAACCCGCUUAAUGGAAACGCAACUCCUAUUACCAACACAGUUGGGACGAUUGUUACUUACACAUGUGACUCAUGCUAUGCCCCAACGUAUUCACAACGAACUUGCAAUGCCAAUCCUAGUGGAGACCCAACAUGGUCACCUGUAGAUGAGCCUACAUGUGAACUUUUGUCUUGUUCUCCCGUGACAAUCGCUAACGGAAAUCUGUCCCCUGGGUUAGAAUGUGGAGUCGAAAGGACAGUGACUUGCGAUAGUGGUUAUUACAUUGAUGGACCAUCAGCAAUCCGAUGCAUCUUCGUAAAUGGAUCGGCUGUAUGGAACACGUCGCCACCAGCAUGCAAAGCGAGAUGUAUCAAUAUGAUGCCAACAGAUCCAAAUGUUGAAAAAGAUACAGAAAAUAGUUCCCCGAUAGAUCCAUCAACGAGUACAUACGGACCCGGUGACACAAUUAUGUUCAAAUGUAGAGGAUGCAACAAUAUUAUGGAAGAUGAUUCGGGAAUCAGAGAUCCUGAUAGAAUUUGUUUAGAAACUGGUAAAUGGGACAAUCCAACGCCACCAGAAUGUGAACCUAAAACAUGUGAAGGCACACCAAGUGCACCAGUUGGGGGAACAGUAGAUUCGACAAGCAAUACAUGUGGCACAACUGUAACAUACAGCUGUCUGGAUUCCUGCGACCAGCUAUCCGGUGCAGCAUCUAGAAUUUGCCAACCAGAUGGUACAUGGACAAGUGAAGAACCAACUUGCAUAAGGAGAACAUGUAACCCAAAGCCAACCCCACCUUUAUUUGGGAGUGCAUCUACCGAUGAAAACACAUGUGGAACGAACGUGACGUAUUCUUGUGACAACUGCUAUGAACUGACACCAUCAUCAUCUACAACACGUUCCUGUGGACCUAACGGACAGUGGGCACCGGAAAUAAUUCCAACAUGCGAAGUUAUAACCUGUGUUCCGCUGCAAGUACAGAAUGGAAUUGUAAGUGGGACGAACAACUGUGGUAUGACUGUACAAUUCGAGUGCGUGGCACCAUAUUUCUUGGAAGGACCUUCAAGUGCUACAUGUCGUGAAGAUGGUACUUGGAGUGGACCGACACCGGAAUGUAUUGAACCAAAAUGUCCAUACCGCAUGCCACCUGAUAACGGAGCUAUUGAUCCUGCAAGUCCUCCAACAGAUGACAACAAUGAAUAUGCAAGAGGAAGCGUGGUUUACUACAGUUGUGAUGAGUGCUUUGGGCUAAUGGGACAAUCUGGAGAUCAACUGCCUCACUACUCGUCCAUAUGUAGAGAUAAUGGAACUUGGAGUACACCAGUUCCUACAUGCGAACGUUUGAGUUGUAUGUCGAUGUCGGCACCAGAAAAUGGCAUGAUGACGCCAUCAGAAGGCAACAACAAUUGUAAUGAUGGGCCGUUGACGUUUAGUUGUGAUGAAGGUUACGGACAAGAUGGUCCUGGUUCAACGGAAAUAAGCUGUGUUCCAGUCGAAGGAGGGGCAGCUUGGAGUGACCAGCCUAUCACAUGCAGUGAAAGAUGCGAAGUUCGAAUGCCUCCUUUGAAUGGUACUAUAGCUAUUUCAAGCGAUGACCCUGACAGCAAUGGACAACACUACCCUGGUGAUAGAGUUGUAUUUGCAUGUGAUACUUGCUACAGAAUACAAGAAAAUAUAGAUGGCAUACGUGACAACGAUGCUGUGUGUACAACGUCAGGAUGGGAUGACCCCGUGCCUACAUGCGAAUUACUUCAAUGCAUGGAGCCAAUGCUUGGUGAUGGAGUUGUCAAACUUGAGGGCAGUAAUGAUUGUCUGGCAACUGUAAGCUUUGAAUGUGAAGCUGGAUACAUACCAGCUGGUGGUGAUGAAUCUAUUACUUGCGUCCCAAUGGGAAACACUGCUUCAUGGAAUGGAAGUCCAUUAACUUGUAAAAAGAAAUGUCCUUAUCGCAUGCCACCCGACAACGGAUUCAUUGAUGAUGAUGUCAGUGCAAUACCAGAAAAUGAUGAGUACAUCCCAGGAGAUGUUGUAGUCUUCGGAUGUGAAACAUGCUACAAGAUCGGUAUGGGUGAAACUGGACCAAUGCUCAACACCGCUAUUUGCUUGGAUGACGGUACUUGGAGUGCACAGGUUCCACAGUGUCAACGUAUGAGCUGCAUAUCCAUACUAGCUCCAGAACAUGGAACACGGGAACCGGAAACAGGGAACAACUUGUGCGGUGAUCCACCUGUAGUAUAUGGUUGUAGUACAGGUUAUGAAGAAGAAGGAACUGGCAUAACUCAAAUAGAAUGUGUGGACAUCGGAGGUGGAGGAGCUGAUUGGACUGGUGACCCAUUAACAUGCGGGCCCAUGUGUAAUGCACGCAUGGAACCAGUUAACGGUGCAAUCGAUCAAGAAAACAGCGCCCAACCAGAAGGGGAUUAUUACAACGACGGUGACGUAGUUUACUAUACUUGCAAUGACUGUUUCAAGAUAAAAGAAAACCAAGAAGGCGUCCAGGAUAACGAUGCAGUUUGUGUGUCUGGCCAGUGGGAUGAUCCUACUCCAACAUGUGAACCUCUCCAAUGUGAGGCACUUUCCCUCGGAGAUGGAGUUAUUAGAGUUGGUGAAAGCAACGAUUGCCAAACAACUGUAAGCUUUUAUUGUAAAGCUGGGUAUAUUCCAUCUGGUGGGAAUGCAAGUAUAACAUGUGUAAACAACAAUGACAACACUGGUGCGUUUUGGAAUGGAACUCCAUUAACCUGCAAAAAAACAUGCAGAUUCCGAAUGGGACCAGAAAAUGGGGGAAUUGAUGAGGAAAUAAGUGCGAUCCCCAGUAAUUACACUAGUACUUCAUACCUGGAAUAUAUUCAAGGAGAUAUUGUGUAUUACAAAUGCAAUGAUUGUUACAAGAUCGAUAGGAGUGAAUAUGGCGCAGAUUCAGAUUCCGCUGUAUGUGGUGACGAUGGAAACUGGAACAGACCAGUGCCGACUUGCCAACUUAUGAGCUGUAUGGUGAUGCCACCCCCAAACAAUGGCACGAGACAACCAGCAACUGGUAACAACAACUGCAACGACCCAGCAGUUGUAUUUAGCUGUGACCCGGGAUUUGGUGAAGAAGGACCUGGAGUUAAAAGUAUAAACUGUGUUCAGAUAGGUGAAGACGACGCUGAAUGGGAUAACAUGCCGUUAACAUGUGGACCAAGGUGCGAUAUACCGAUGCCACCAACCAAUGGAGGGUUUGAUGCUACACUAAGUGAUGAUCCUGAUGCUAGCAAUCAACAUUCUCCUGGUGACACUGUUACGUUUACCUGUGAUGAAUGCUACAUAAUUGCAGAAAGAGAAUCUGGGGAAAGAGACAAUAAUAUAGUGUGUACCAACUCAGGAUGGGAUGAUGAUGUUCCCACUUGUGAAAUUCUACAAUGUGAGGAAAUGACCCUGGGAGAAGGAGUUAUUCGAAUAGAAGACAGCAACAAUUGCCAAAGCACUGUCAAUUUCCAAUGUGCGGCAGGUUAUGCUCCAUCCGGUGGAGACUCACAGGUCACGUGUAUGCCAUAUGGAACAUAUGCAGCAUGGAGCGGAACGCCACUGACAUGUGACCUCAUACAGUGUAUGGAACCUAUGCCAUCAGCACCAGAAAAUGGCUUCAAGGAUGAAUCAUCUGACGAUGUUCCGUAUAUCCCAGGAAACACAAUCAAAUAUGGAUGUGAUGACUGUUUCAAAAUUGCAAAAGAUUCUCAUGGAAUACGCGAUGAUGACAUUAUGUGUCAGAACAAUGGACAGUGGGAUGGUCAACCGCCCUCUUGUGAACCAAUUAAUUGCAUGCCGCCUCCACAAGCGCCUCUUAAUGGUGGGAUUGAUGGCGUAGCUACUGCAUGUAACGCAACAACUACAUACAUGUGUGAUAGUUGUUACCGAUUACAAGGACAACCAACUAGAACCUGUCAACAAGAUGGAACUUGGUCGCCUCUAAAUGAGCCAACGUGUCAAUUACAAACGUGCACGGAACUUCAAGCACCUGUCAACGGUAGAAUCGUGUUCCAAAAUACAGAAUGCGAGGGGAUUGUUACGUUUGAAUGCAAUUUUGGAUAUGAGUUAGAAGGUAGUGAAACAAGGGUUUGCCAAGACACCGGCACAGCAAUGCAGUGGUCAGGGGUACCAACGACAUGCGAAGUUAAAACAUGUCCAAUACCUAUGCCACCCCUACCACCAAAUGGUGGAUUUGAUGACCCCAAUACAGAUGACCCGCCAUAUGAACCAGGAGAAAAAAUAACAUACACGUGUGAUACAUGUUACGAGAUCACCAGAGUGGAUCCCCUUGGAAACAAAGACCCAGAUAUAGAAUGUGAACUUGGUGGAACUUGGAGUAAUACUGUUCCAGAUUGUCACAGGAAAAUGUGUACACCGUCACCAAUAAAUCCAUCGAAUGGAUUAGUUAGCACAAUAGAUGACGUAUUGUGUGGAGACAAUGUUACCUAUACCUGUAAUGUAUGCUACAGACUUUCUGCAAGUGAUGUAAGGCAAUGCACAGAUUCUGGAUGGUCACCAAUUGACAUUCCAACAUGCGAAGUUCUUACGUGUGAUGCGAUGGGUCCUCUUGCAAAUGGUUUGAUCGUCGGAGGAACAGAAUGUGGAUCAUAUAUAGAACUGUCUUGUGAUCCUGGUUAUAAGUUGAUUGGAGAAAGCAUCAUUUACUGUACAGACAACGGGGGCACAAAUGGAGAAUGGGAUGGAUCUCUUCCGUUCUGUCAAAAAAUUGAAUGUCCAGAACCAAUGCCAAUCGCACCAGAAAAUGGGUCGAGAAAGACUGACGAAACUGAUUUGGCUCCAUACGAACCCGGGGAUAUGAUAACGUACCAAUGUGAUACAUGUUAUCAGAUAGAGAUGAAUCAAUUAAAUAUAAGAGACGACGAUAUUUUAUGCCAAUCUAAUGGAACUUGGGACAGUCACGUACCCGCUUGUGAAAGAAAGAUGUGUGAUAUGCCAACACCUCCAAACAAUGGACUCCUGAUCGAUAGUGCUUAUUAUUGUGGUGAAGAGACAAUUUAUGGUUGUGACGAGUGCUACAAACUCGUUGGAGAAAACCCAAGACAUUGCGCCGAUAGCGGAUGGCUAACACAAGCACCACAGUGCCAGGUGAUGCAUUGUCUUGGUCUGACUGCACCAGUGAAUGGCUUCAUAUCAUCUAAUGAAACAGAAUGCGGUGUAGCUGAAGUUCAGUUCUCAUGCGAAGAGGGAUUUAACUUGAUCGGUGUAAGCGCAUUGUCGUGUGUUGCAAACGGAAAUGGAUCCGCUGAAUGGAAUGGUGAAGUCCCGGUGUGCCAGGUUUCCUGCGAUGCUCCUAUGAAUUCUCCGCCAACCAAUGGGAGUUUAGUGGAGCAGUCUAACCCAGGACCACCCUACCCUACUGGCACAGUACUCGUGUAUAGGUGCGAUGAAUGUUUCCGGUUGCCAUACGAUUCAUUUGAUGAGCAGUUGAGCCGAUUAACCUGUCUUGCAGAUGGAUCAUGGAGUAACGAUGUGCCCACGUGCGAACGAAAGCCAUGUCAUCCACUCGAUCCUCCUCCAAAUGGAUUGAUUGUCAGCGCAGAUAAUUUCUGUGGUGGGAUGACUGUAUUUGCACCACAAGAAGGCUUUCAACUACUUGGGCCAAGUGCACUGAUGUGCUUACCAGAUGGUACUUACGACGAUGAACCACCAACUUUCCCGAUGGCGUUCGGAGUAUGUCGAGCAAGUGGUGAUCCUCAUUACUGGACGUUUGACGGGAUUCCAAUACAUUUCCAAUGCGCUUGUAAAUACCUCCUGGUCGGGUCACUACCUAAUCUAGGAAAUCCAUUCUGGCAAAUCUAUGUACAAAAUGUACAUUGGAAUGGACAAAAUAUCGGAUCUUGGACUCGUGAUGUGGAAAUCGUUUAUAACGGUGAUGUCAUUGAACUCUUACAAGGAGCACUUGCAACUCCGGGAGACAUUGAAAACUCAUUUGAGGGACCCACUGAAGGAGGGUUUAACGUCCAGGUGAAUGGUGAAAACGUCACUCCUGGUACAGAAAUUCAAAAUGGAGAUAUUAAGAUUUCUAUGAGCGGUUUGUUUGUACUCGUCGAAAUCCUGCCUCUCAAAUUGACCGUUAAGUGGGAUGGUUCCUCACGAGUUAUUGUUAUUCUAAGUGAAACAUGGAAAAAUAAAGUGGAGGGAAUAUGCCAGAACUUCAACGGAAAUCCAUCAGAUGACAUGCGGCUAAGAAAUGGAAUGGAUGUAACUGGUACAAACAACCCAGGAACGCAAAUUGGAAACAGUUACCAAGUCAACAGCUUGUCAGAGUGCGCAUGCUCACCGCAAAUGGCAGAUCUGCCGACAUGUGUUGACUACGAGACUGUCAAGGAGAAAUGUAGUAUUCUCGGUGAUUUAAAUGGUGUCUUUGGACCAUGUAUAAGUGAACUUUCCGAAGCAGCUCGGCAGAAUGUAAUCGAAUCUUGUCAGGCAGACAUGUGUGCGGAUCAAUCGAGGUAUUGCGAAAUUCUGGAGGAUUUUGCAGCAAGUUGUGCAGUGACGUCAGGGCCUAUUGUGGCAUGGAGAAAUGAAACAGAGUGUCCAACCCCCAUGUGUCCAUUUCCAAGUGAAUACAAUGAGAUGGGAUCAGCAUGCCCGAACACAUGUGUCGAUCCAAAUGCUGAAGACACAUGCACAGACCCACCAGUGGAAGGCUGCUUUUGCCCUCCAAAUUUCAUUUUGUCAGGAACUCAGUGUGUUCCUGAUCCAUUUGGAUGUGGCUGUGUAGAUAGUAAUGGAUAUUUUAGAACAAGGGGAUCUACAUGGUUUGAGAGUGAUUGUUCACUCAGGCAUACGUGUGAGGGAGCAGACAUUAUAACGACUGAAGAAUGGGCAUGUAGAAGCGACGAGAUAUGUGGUAUAAAUAAUGGUGUGCGGGGAUGUAUGUGUCCAUAUGGGUUUAUAUUAGCCAUAAAUGGAACAUGCAUUGCUGAGGAUAAGUGUGCAUCUAUGCCUUGUCAAAAUGGAGGAACUUGCGUAAAUAUAGAGGGUGGUUAUUCUUGCAUAUGUCCAGAAGACUCUCCAGGAGACCAGUGCGAAGGAACAAACGGCGGGUGGUGUGAUUGGAUACCAGCGGUAUCUUGUGAUCCAUGUGUGGAUGGAUCAGAAAACAUGUUUGUGAGGACUUGUACCUGCCCACAAACAGUUGCCCCAGGACUAUCUUGUGUUGGAGUGGCAUCGAAAAAUGAACCUUGCGACAUAGCAUGUCAACCAUGUUUGGAAAACCCAUGUCUUAAUGGAGGGGUAUGUGUGCAGGAUGGUACCUCAUUUACAUGUGACUGUUUACCUGGUUACACUGGAGUAAAUUGCGAAUUCGACAUAUCAGCAUGUAGCUCGGCCCCAUGCAAAAAUGAUGCACAGUGUGUUGAUGUUCUUGAUCCGGUGACAGGUGAACCAGACUUUGUGUGUGAAUGCAUCUCUCCAUUCUCCGGCAAAGAUUGUUCAACAAAUUUGUGUACUGAUUUCGAGUGUGUCGACAACCAGGGGGUAUGUGUCGUAAUUGACGAUACACCUAUUUGUCAAUGUUACCUAAAUCAGUUUGGGGAACGCUUCUUUGGUGCUCAGUGUGAAAGCAUUAACGGUGGAUACUGUUUACCUGAAGUUGGAACAUGCACCGCUGAUUGUGGAGGCGGCAAUUUGACAUUGACUAGACGUUGUGAUUGUCCCACACCACUCGUAAAUGGUGCAAUAUGCAGCAAUGGGCUUAUAGACACUGAUACAUUCCCAUGUAAUACCCAGCCAUGUCCAAUUAUGCAAUGUGGAGACGAGGAAGCAGUAAUGACUUGUCCAGAAGGCACCGCUAUUGGCGUUGUAUAUGUUGCAUAUGGAACAUCUACCGAUGAAUCAUGCACCACAAUACAAGAAGGCUGUAGUGCGCAGGACGCAUUGGUCACGCUAUCUGACUAUUGUGCUUUAGGCACUGGAGUGUCUACAUGUACAAUUCCUUCAUCUGGUAGAGACGCAAUAUUUUAUGGAGCCAGUGUACCACAGGGCUGUGAAUCUGGACUUCGAAAACUAACAAUAAAUUUUGAAUGUAUAAGUAUGUGAAGUGACAUAGAUUGACGUUCCAUUAAUAAUACAACAUCAAGAGAUUGUGUUAUCUUGACAAGAUGAAACAUGAUGUAACUGCGAUGAUAUUCAAAUGUUUCAAUGACUCAUUUUUAUCUGAUGAUGAAUACAGAAUAUACCAGCUGAUCAGUAACAUAUCUGUUAGUUUGUUUUGAAAUGUAUAAUAAAAUAAUCUUACUGCAAUAUGUAUACUCAA